AUGGAGCUUGAAUUAGGUCUGAAGAUAACUCGAACAAAAGACGAUGUCUCUUCCUCUACAGAUUUUCGGGUUGCCAGAGAUUCUUUUGGGCAUAUCUCGCUUUCUCGAGAAACCAAUGCUGUGUUCAUCCUCACUCUUCAUCUCAAAGGAUUUAAGAAGGAUGGUAUCGAUAUCGAGAUUAACAAAGAAGGGAAUCGGAUUAAGAUUAGCGGAAGAAAACAGGUGCAAGAGAUGGUUUUGGUAAAGUGGGUUGAAUGGAAAAAGGAAACUGAAAUAAAGGAAUUCAAGAAAGUGUUUCGGAUUCCGGAUAUCGUUAAUCUUGACAAGAUCAAAGCGAAACUUAAUGAAGAAGAUGGGACUUUAACUGUUACAAUGCCUAAGAAAAUUAAGGGGAUUACCGGUUUGAAGAUAGAGGAAGAGGAGGAGGAGGAAGAAGAAGAAAAAACAAAGGCAAUAGUAGAAGAGAAAACAGAACCAGAAGAAGAAAUCAAAGAAGAGCCAAAACCUGAGGUAGAAGAAGUAGAAGAGCCACAAAGAGAAGUGGAAGAAGACAAGAUUGAAGAAGAGGUAAUGGAGGAAGAAACAAGGGAUCAUGAAGAAAAGAAAGAAGAAGUAGAAGAGAAACCAAGAAAGAAGAGAAGAAAAAAGUUCCGUCUACCAUGUUUUGCAGGAUCCACUCUGCUUAUGUCUAUUAUUGUUUUCAUUAUUCAAUUGAUCCAAUCCAGAAAAAAUUGAGAUCACUCCUUCUUAGGU